AUGAGAGCUUUGAGCAGCGUCGGCGUCGGGCUGGCCGUGGUGUCGUCGCUGCUCCUGCUGGCGCUCACCGCCGAGCUCUACUACAUCUUCGUGCACAAGCGCCGGCAGCGGCGGCGCGCCGCGGCCAUCUCCGACGCGGCGUCGUCCCCGUCCUCCUCCUCGCGCGAGCUGCUCCAGCUCUUCUGCUUCAAGAAGCCGCCAGCGGCGCUCGCGUCUACCUACGCCGUCCCCGAGCCGGCCUCCGCCGUGGCGGUGGCCGUCGACGGCAGCGGCGGCGGCGACGACGACGAGACGGUGGAGGCGCAGCUGAUGCGGCUGGGAAGCAUCGUAGGGCCCACGCGCCUGCUGUUCACCAUCAAGGAGGAGACCCGGGAAGACCUGGAGUCCGAGGACGGAGGGCGGCGCGGCCGGAGCCGCAGCCUCGGCGAGCUGCUGCAUUGCGCCGAGACGCCGCCGUUCCUCACGCCCAGGGCAUCGCCGUCGCCCGUGCCCACGGCCGCAAUGGACAACUCCUACAACCCGCUGUUCAAGUCCCCCGCGGCCAGCCCGGGCCCGGGCGCUGCCCCGGCGGUGUCGCCGCCGCCCAAGUUCCAGUUCCUCAGGGACGCCGAGGAGAAGCUCUACCGCCGCGUUCUCGCCGAGGAGGAGGCCAUGAGGGCGCGGAGGUCGCCGAGGUCGCCGGCGGCCGCUGCUGACGAGGAUGGCGGGUACAUCACCAUCGUGGUGGCCAAGAACAACCGCGUCAUCCCCAUGCCGUCGUCGUCGCCUUCGCCACCCAACGCCGCGACGCCGCCAGCGGCGGCCAUCAGUGAGCGCGCGACUGAUGAGCAGAGCUGUUCAGAUGGACAGGAGGUUUUGAUGGAUUAA